GUGCCUUAAAUUGAAAAAAGGGGUUGGAAGAAGAAAGACAGAAGUAGGCGUUAAGACUGACGUCCCUGCCGGAUAACAAUAGUGAAGACGUGUUCCUCAUUCCCACUCAACAAAAGUUCUCUCAACAUCCGCCAAGAUGGGAAUCCGAAAAAAGAACAACAAGAACCCACCGGUGCUCAGCCACGAGUUUGUGAUCCAGAACCACGCGGAUAUUGUGUCUUGUGUUGCUAUGGUGUUUCUGCUGGGUCUUAUGUUUGAGGAAUGCGAGUUUGCACAACCGUUAGAUUUGGACGAUAGUACCAUACUUGGCCAUAAUGAGUGUGCAAUCAUGCAAUUAAGCUUUUUAAUAAGACCGCAUUAUGUUCAUUUUUAUGCUUACAUUUUGUUUGUAUCAUGGAUUUUAGGAGGUUCAGAGGAAACUACAGUGAAUUACUUCCAUUACGGUCUGAAAGAUGUGGCCACCGUCUUCUUCUACAUGUUAGUUGCCAUUAUCAUGCACGCCAUUAUUCAGGAAUACAUGCUGGAUAAAAUCAACAGGAAGAUGCACUUCUCCAAAACCAAGCACAGCAAGUUCAACGAGUCGGGUCAGCUGGGUGCCUUCUACCUCUUCUCCUGCCUGUGGGGAGCCAACAUUCUUGUUUCUGAGAACCUCCUGUCCAACCCUGUCAGCCUGUGGGACGGUUACCCGCACACCCUUAUGCUGUUCCAGAUGAAGUUCUACUACAUCUGUCAGCUUGGUUACUGGCUUCAUGCUAUCCCUGAGCUCUACUUCCAGAAGACCAAGAAAGAGGACAUUCCUCGUCAGCUUGUUUAUAUCAGCCUUUACCUGGUCCACAUCACUGGAGCCUACGUUCUGAAUCUGAACCGGUUGGGCCUGGUGUUGCUGGUUCUGCAUUACUUUGUUGAGCUCCUCUUCCAUGUCUCCCGACUCAUUUACUUCAGCAAUGAAGACAGGCAGACCGGGUUUACAGUGUGGGCUGUUCUGUUUGUGCUGGGCCGGUUGUUGACUCUUUCCCUGUCUGUUCUCACUGUGGGCUUUGGGCUGGCUGGAGCAGAGAAACAGGGUCUGAACCUUGCAGAGGGAAGCUUUAAUGUCCUCUUUGUACGGGUGACUGUCCUGGCUGCAAUAUGCACCACUCAGGCUUUUAUGAUGUGGAAAUUUAUCAACUUCCAGCUGCGACGAUGGAGAGAACACGCACAGACUCAGACCUUAAAGAAGAAACCGUCCUCUUCUAAGAGCAAAUCAAAGAAAGCCAAUGGUGUGAAUGGAUCUGUUGGUGCCAGUGGAGCAGAUUCUCCCAGAGCGAGGAAGGAGAAGUCAUCAUAAAGUCCCAACUUCUGUCCUGACUAAAUCAUUCAGCCUGAUCAUUUCUCUCCGUCCCGCAGUUUGUCUGUAGCCUUUUUCCCCUUUCCCCUCUUGUUUAUCUGGAAGAAAAAAAAACUUGCAACAUGUCAUCCUGCUCCUUGAUCCUGUAGGAUGCUGAAUGCUGUAUUUCAUGAAGCCAUCCAACUAUUAUGUCUCUUUGCAAGAAGGGCUUAAGGAAAAGUGGCUUUGGGGGAUUUUGGAGGGGUUCUUUUUAUUCUCCUCUACAUUUGUUUCCUUAUUCUGAAGGUCCAUAUGCUCUUUGCUUUAUUUGCUGAAUGCUGCAUUUCAAAUCCAAAUCUAUGAUCCAGUCAUACCUACAAAUAAAACAUGAAAGCUGUGGGGAAAAUGUAACUUAUUUUUACAAGUGCCUAACCAUACAUCGUUUUGACAGAUCAGAGAGGACUAAUUCAGUAUUUUAACUUGAGUUUGAAAUCAGGGUUGUAUUUAAAGUUCUCUGAAGGCUCACAGUUUUUGUUGAUUCUAUCCUAUGCAUUUGGAACCAUGUCUAAUGUCUUUUCAUUUGUGUUGUUGUAUAAACGUGUUGUCACAUUUUUUUUUCAGAAAAAAACAAAAGCAAAAAUGUUAAUUUGAUGCCUUUUUUUAAAAGCAUUUCGUUUGUUGCACUGUACUGUGUAAUUGGUCAUGGUAAGGAAAAAGUAUAAUGCUCCACAAAUUGUUAAUUUAGCAAAGGAUGAUGAACAAAAUGAAGAAAAACUGUGCGCUUUUGAUUUGUCAAAAGAUUAUACCUUUUAUUCUUGAACUUUUCAAAUCCGACUUUGCUGUAUGGUGUUGAUAACACAUGAAAAUGUCAAAUCACAAGUGUCAUUCCAGUGAGACUGAUCAGGAUCUAAGGAAAAGAUCUCCGAUAUCAUAAUUUUCAUAGAUGGUUUUAGUUUAAGAACCAUAGAGUCCAUAGAGAAUUAAGUUCAAUAAAAAAAGCAUUGUUAUCUCACAUUUCUUUUACUCAAGUACAACCAAUGAGAA